AGGACCAUACUUGGGCAAGCUGGAGAUUCGGGCGCUGAUUGGUUAAGCGCAGGGUUGCCUGCGUGACCCGGAUGAUCACUCGGGCCCGAGGAAGGAACCGUCCGCGAGACAGUCGCCGCCGCUGCUUCUGCCGAAUCACCGCCAACCGUCGCCAUGACUGAUCGACAACUGGAUUGUGCCUUGGAUUUGAUGAGGCGUCUUCCACCUCAACAAAUUGAGAAGAAUCUCAGUGAUCUGAUUGAUUUGGUUCCAAAUCUCUGUGAAGACCUAUUAUCAUCAGUUGAUCAGCCACUAAAGAUUGCCAGGGAUAAAGUGGUUGGAAAGGAUUACUUACUUUGUGACUAUAAUAGAGAUGGUGACUCAUACAGGUCACCUUGGAGUAAUAAAUAUGAUCCCCCUCUGGACGAUGGUGCCAUGCCAUCAGCUCGUCUGCGGAAACUGGAAGUUGAAGCCAACAAAGCAUUUGAUCAGUACAGAGACCUAUAUUUUGAAGGAGGAGUUUCUUCUGUCUACCUCUGGGACUUGGACCAUGGAUUUGCUGGUGUGAUACUGAUCAAGAAAGCUGGUGAUGGAUCAAAAAAGAUCAAGGGCUGCUGGGACUCCAUUCAUGUCGUGGAAGUUCAGGAGAAAUCAAGUGGACGUACUGCUCACUACAAGCUGACCUCCACAGUUAUGCUUUGGCUACAAACAAACAAGACUGGCUCUGGCACUAUGAACCUUGGUGGCAGUCUGACCAGACAGAUGGAGAAGGAUGAGAACGUGAGUGAAUCGUCGCCUCACAUUGCUAAUAUUGGAAAGCUGGUAGAGGAUAUGGAAAACAAGAUCAGGAGUACAUUGAAUGAUAUCUACUUUGGGAAAACAAAGGAUAUUGUGAAUGGACUAAGAUCAAUUGAUGAUAUACCAGACACCCAAAAGCUUAAGCAGUUACAGAGGGAACUGUCUCAAGUACUCACCCAGCGCCAGAUCUUCAUCCAGCCUGAUAAUUAAAUGCCCAGGUCUGUGCCAUCACUUGCAGACAGAUCAAGCCAGGAAGCUCUGAUAACUAAUUUGGCAGAAGCUUUGAAGAAAAGACAGCAGCAACCUUAUUGAUUCUUAGCUAACUGACAAAAGCAAAGCACUGUCAGUUUCAGUUACAUUUGUUUUCAUAUUUCUUUUGUUCUUUAAUUUGUCCCUUUUAAAAUUUGCCUGAACUAUUCGUUUAAAAGCCAUUCUAACCCUGUCCAAAUUGUAUAAAAUGCUGUGUUUUAGCUUGUAAAACCUACUUCAAACUAUAAGAAAGCUUAUUUCACAAUCCAACAUGAGGAACAUUUACUAAAAGGCAUCUUGUACUUUCAUUUUUGUUGGUCGCAUUGGUUAACACAACACCAACCUAGCAUUUUUUUUUGUUCAAGGACACUGGUUAUGCUUAUGUAAAAUGUAAAGCAAGAAUAAAAUUGACUUGCAAAUGACUAUGGUGGGAUGGAGACCCAAUCUCACCAGAGCAUCAUGUUAUAAUUACCGGUUUUAACUUUCCAAGGAACAAGGGUUGUAUGUUCAGUAUUGUACUAUAGAAAAGAUAUGAUAUAAAUUGUCCUGAAAUUCUACAAAUUCUAACAUAUUGCCUUUAAGGUUUUCCCGUGUCAAUAUUUUAAAGAAUGCAAGGGUUUCU